GCGCUCUUUUAUGAGGAAAUAUUUAAUUUGAAUUCUAUGGAGUUGCUAGCAGAUGAUUGGAGCUAUGAUUCGAAGCUGAUUUGAUUUGGUAAUGCUUACUGGUGAUGAGUUUUUCUUUUUUCAUUUACCGUCUCUGCUUGGUUUCAAUUAUAAACAGUCCUAGGUCGUUCCACAUUGAUUUUGUUUUUUAAUUGAAUGAUUACCUUAAUAAAUGGUGUCUUUCUAAUACCAAUCAAAUGCCUCGGUAGACCUAAAGUUCAGUUUUUUUUGCAAUUUUGCGGGUGCAAAAUAGACUCAAUUAAUAGUUUGGUGGAUAUGUUUAAAUACAUGAGCCUUUCAGUGAGGAGUCCUGAGUGCAAUCUUGACUCUGUUGUGCCGCGCCCUCUUCAUUUCAUCCUGGUCUCAGUCCUCUAGAAGAAGGCGACAUCUCACCUCCCUCGCCGGGACAUAAAGUCCUCUCUCCUCUCUUCUUAAGUUACUCCUCAAUUUUUUCCAAACAAAUUUAUUGCCUUAAAUUUGCUCUUUUAUUUUGCUGUUUUCACUGUGCAACCUUUUUUCGCAUCCUUUUUUGAAGAUUUAUCCUCUUGUAUUUACCUUAGCAUAUUUUAAAGGUGAGUUGUUUCCGCGAAUAGAAAUUCGAUUUGUCGGUUGUAAAUAAAGUUGGUUUAUAUUUCUUCACUCUUUUCAAAUAACCUUGUUAAAUUUCAACUGAAAAGAGCCAGUUUUGAAAUUGAUAUCAGAUUUUGUCCCUCAAUUAUUUACCUACUUCAUUUUUGAAAAAAAAAAAUUGUAUUUUUUUUCAGUAUUUUCAACUGUUUUUAAAUCAGAACCUGCAAGUUACUUACCAUUUUUACAACCAUUGAUUCUAUGUUUAACUAAUGGGUUUUACAGCAAUACAUUUUCUGCAAGCUUUUGUUUAUCAUUGAUCGGUUUUCUCCUGUUGGAGUCAUUUUCCACAUUGCAUUUCGAACUGCAAAAUUGCUGUGAUUGCUUUUUGAUCACUAAUGAUUUGAGAGGAUUCACGAAAAAUUAACUAUCUUCACCACUCAAAUUCCUGUAGGCUUGCGCCAAUUAUCUAUGCGAUCAUUUCUUCCAAUUGAAUAGUCAUCCCCUUUUGUGCUUGGCUAGAUUUCUUUACCCAUUUUCUAAUCCCCGCUUGUGCCCCGGGGUUCGAUCAAAUCUGAAACAAUCGCCGCAAAGCACGUUUUAACUGCAGUUGUGUUGCCAUUAGCACCAUGUGAAAUACGUCUGUUUAUGUUGUCUGAAUAGCGUAGCUUCGCGUGACACGAUGAUAAGCAACUCACAGUCUACCUACUGAGCAACAUUACUAUUAGUAUUCUCACUUGAUAAUGUCAGCUUCGCGUCUUGUUCAUUUUUCAGUACCCUCCUCACUUUCAUUACCCACAGCCGGCUGCGAAAAAUUCCUCAACAUUAUCAUCUAACUCGAAAUCUGGAAUUGUAAUUCGACUAAACAUAGUUACACACCCACAUAAUCCUUUCCAGUAUUCUGCUUUUCUGCAAUAAAGGUCAAAUUGUUUUAUUGUUCUCGAGUUUUGACCCAUAAGAUCUUUGUCAUUGCCUGGCGAGAGAGUGACAGCCAGACCCAUUUGGCGCGACAUCGUAAACCAGUCUUGUUAUCCGAUUAUAUACUUCAUAAGCUAACUCAUCUUUCACUGUUGCAUGUCCGCAGAUAUCUGGUUGGAUCAUUUCGAUGCUGUAACUUGGUUUAUUUUUUAUUACUUAUCCACAAUACAGCUAUUCUUGUCUUUCUUUUGAGCUCCACUUGCUUCUUCAAUCGGGUAGAACAGCAGCGGCGACCGGAGUUGCAUUCUCGCCACAUACUUAAUCUGUCAAUCAGAGAUCGCUACUGUAUUGAUUGCCUUUUAUAUUGUUACCUAAAUCCGGAUUUGUACCUUUCAAUUUUCAAACACCAAUCACACAGCGGCCAUCGUGUUUUGAGCCACUGUCCAAUCCCGCAUUUUUAUUGCUGCUCAAACCGAUUUUUAAACUUAGCCCGGUCUUUAAUUUUAUGUUGAGCCAUUUUAAAUAUUCGCCAUAGAAAUUGCUGAGGUAAUUUGAUUGGUGGACUCGGACGUGCUCAAGUUCUUCCUCGAUCUCACCUAGAAUUACUUAUUUCUACCGUGUUGUACAAAUCGGGUUAUGAAUUAUUAAUUAGUAUUUUAUGACAGCGGAAGUGAAUUCAUGUGAACGCCUCUGCAGUACAGUUGAACAGGGACGGCAGAAAAGUUCAGUUGAGCCAGAUUUAACUACCUCCUCAUAUGUCGGCUGUAAUCUGCUCAACUGCAAAUAUCCUUUUAAUCGUCUAGUUUACCACGCUGAUCGUCAUUGAUUUUUCUGCAACAGUUUACACCUAACCUUUGCUAAUUGAAUCGAUUGAGUUUUAGGGGUUCAAUAAAAAACCGCGUUCCAAAAUGACCAAAUUUUACGAAUGCAAACUGCUUCUAUUCUUCUUGAUUUCAAGUGUGUUUGUGAGCGAUGCGCUUCCGAGUAGUAGCAGCAGUAGUGGUGGUGGUAGUGGGGAUGGAUUGGCGCAACAGAUGGAGUGUUAUGAGUGUGUACAGGGAACUGUCAAAGUGGACCCCUACAUUGCCAAACAGUUCAAACUAGCCACAGACCCCACCAGCCUCCACUCUACACAACAGUGGAGAAGUUCCCCCAGCACCACUUCAAGGACCCAGUUUGUAGUCGACGGGGAGAACCAGUGUCCUAUUCAGUCCAGCGGGGACAGUAGUCCAGGGGGUCCACCCAUGUAUCCGUCCAGCCUGUGCGCAGCCAACAGAUGUGUGCAAAUGACAAUUCUGGACAAGCGUGGCGGCCAAGUGGGCGUGAAGAGGGCGUGUCUGGAGAAGUUCCUUACCUCGUACGUCAUGUUCGUCGCCCCCAACUCCACAUCCUCCAGGGCACUGACUGAGGCCAUAGUGAUGUCCAGUCAGAUGAGCUCCUCAUCGGCGUCGGCCACACACCUCACGAACAGUGGUGGACACUAUGGCUCCUCCUCAUCCUCCUAUUCUUCCAGCAGUGGUUACAACAGUCGAUACAGUUCUAGUGAUCCCAACAUCGCAAGUGACGAGCCAGACAGGCAUUCCACUCGCGAUGAUUCAACGUCUAUCAAAGAUAAGAUCAAAGACUUGUCGAAGCUAACCCUGGACGAGAUCUGCAAUGGGAAUGACAAGCGAGUUCCCUGUAGAAAUAACUACCUGGACGGGGAGGUAUGCCGCAUCCAGUGUUGCAGCACCCCCUUCUGUAACUCGGCCCCCCACUCCCGCCUAACGAACUCACAGUACCACCCUCUAAUCAAGUUAUCAUUAAUCCUCAUACUCACACACUCCAUAUUGCAGCAGUUCCUCUUCACAGGAACGGCAAUGACGUCAUUCUUAUGCAACCCCUCCAAGACUGAACAAACCCGAAGUCAUACACGAACAACAUCUAGAAGACGAAAGAGUGAACAACAGAACACUACUUAAUCUCGUUUUUACAGGACUCAUGUAUUAGAUGACAUAGACAUUGUUUACCAUAAUAUUUUAUUUUUGAACCAAUUUCUCUCGAUUUUUUUUGUUUAUUUACUUCAGUUUGUAAAUUAGUCCUUUCCAGUUGUAUAUUGCAGAUACUUGCUUGAAUUUUUCUGAUUCAAUAAUUUAAAAAGCUCGUUUAUAAAUUAAAUAAUGCAAAUCACAGCGUCUGAGUUACGGCGAUGAUGAUCAUGAUUAUCAGAGUAGUUUGUCGUAUGUUUGAUCCAUCUAGAUCUAAUCUAAUUUUUUUCUGGUUGCUCUUAGUGCUUUCACUUAGACCGAUGCUUUCUUGUGUUUUAAAGAGAACGAAUUCGAAGCGUAAUGUGACUCUGCAAUAUGUAAAUUUGAAUCGUUAAUUUGUAAAUUCCGUAAUUAUUAAUGAGAGAAAUAACUACCUAAUUUGAGUUGACCACUAUUUUUUGUAAUUAGACUCGAAUA